GAGAACGUGAUAGUGGUGGGCUGGGAUAGGCCGGACGAUCUUGCAAACCCCAGAAAUUGGCCGAAGAAGCAGAAAUGGGCUGCGGCAUUGACCGUAUCGGCAUUCACAUUUAUCUCGCCCGUGUCGUCUUCUAUGGUAGCUCCUGCCGCGCAGCAGAUCGCAUCCGGCUUCCACAUCACCGACCAAUUCCAGGUUAACCUGACUAUAUCCAUAUUUGUUCUUGCAUAUGCUUUUGGCCCUUUGUUCCUUGGGCCACUAUGCGAGAUCUUUGGUCGCACAAGAGUACUUCGAGCGUGCAACCUGUUUUUCUUUGCUUGGAACCUAGCGUGUGGGUUCGCCCAGUCCGAGGGGCAAUUGAUUGCCUUCCGUUUCCUCGCAGGCAUCGGAGGCAGCUCUCCGUUGGCCGUUGGAGGUGCGGUUCUCGGAGACAUGUGGACUCCGGAAGAGCGCGGCCAGUCAAUCGCGAUCUACUCCCUCGCACCUCUCCUUGGCCCCGUCGUUGGCCCUAUAGCUGGUGGGUGGAUUGCGGAGAGGUCCACUUGGCGAUGGGUCUUCUGGUCCACAUCCAUUGCUGCGUUCGUCAUCCAGAUAGUUGGACUGUGGACGUUGCAAGAGACGUACGCCCCCAUUUUGCUCGCCCGCAAGGCGAAGAAGAUCCGCGCGAAGCUUGACGCCGAGGGCGGAAGUGCGGGCAAGGAAGUGCGAACCAUCUUCCAAAAGACGGCCAAACGAGACUACAAGCAGUUCAUGUUUGUCUCACUGUGCAGGCCGUUUAUCAUGACGGCACAGGAGCCUAUCAUCAUCCUCCUCGGCGCAUACCUGGCGUUCGUGUACGGCGUUAUCUACCUGGUACUUACCACUAUCCCAUUGAUAUACACGGACAUCUAUCACGAAAACUCGGGGAUCGUUGGCUUACAGUACAUUUCGCUCGGCGUUGGGCUUACCAUCGCAUCGCAAUUCAAUGCCCGACUGCUAGACGUCGUCUACAUGCGGCUCAAGACGAAGAAUGGCGGUGUAGGAGAGCCCGAGUUCCGCUUGCCGUGUGUCUUCCCCGGAAUGCUCCUCUUACCCAUCGGUCUUCUGAUCGCAGGCUGGGGAGCACAAGAGCGCACGCACUGGAUCGUGCCUGACAUCGGCUUUGCCCUCGUAGGCGCAGGCAUCAUACUCACGUUUCAAGGGAUGCAGAUGUACAUCAUCGACGCGUUCGCACAGUACGCCGCUUCAGCGCUCGCCGCGACGUCCUUCCUCCGGUCCGUCGCCGGCUUCGGGUUCCCCCUCUUCGCCCCCGCGAUGUUCAAGGCCCUGGGCUAUGGCGUAGGGAACACGGUCCUCGCCGCGAUCGCGUUUGCCAUCGGCUGCCCCGCGAUCUGGCUGUUCUGGGUGUACGGGAAGACGAUCCGCGAGAUGAGCAAACACGCGCAGUCGAAAUAGAGGAGACACACGUACGUUAAGCUCCUUGGCCGCUGAUGUGGACGCUCGCACAGACGAUCAUAGCAUACCCGGCUCAUAAUGCAUCUACC